UCUUCUCAUCCAGCCUGGUCAAACAUGAGGUGGUGGGAAACUACAGCCAUCUGUUCACGGUACCAGGAAGGAAGAGAGCCUGACCUGGAGCCGUACAUGCUGCUGGCUCACAUUGAUGUAGUGCCGGCCGAUGAGGCGGAUGGGUGGGACGCUCCUCCUUUCUCUGCUCAAGAGAUCAAUGGCUUCAUUUAUGGACGAGGAACCAUCGACAACAAACAGUCUGUGAUGGGGAUCCUACAGGCGCUGGAAUACCUUCUGGAACGAGGUUACACCCUUCGGAGAAGCUUCUAUAUUGUUUUGGGUCACGACGAGGACGUCAGUCUCAAGUGAAUUGACUUGUAGUCAUUUAUAAUACUUAUUUUAAUGCA